AUGCCAUUUGAGUACUGCGAGUUCUCCGGCGCGGCCUGUUCAAAGCAAGGGGAUGCGAAAGAAGAAGACCCAAAUAGCCAGGCGUCUGCAUUGCAGCAAAAGGAACAUGAAGAGCAGCUCUCAAAUGAAUUAGAAGAGAAAGCCGCAAUAAGCGAUGCAAAAAGAGGCGCCGGGAAGAAGGAUGGUGCGAAGCCGAAAGUCGUGACUGUUCAGAAACAAACGAAGAGAAGAGGCAAAUGUGCAACCAACAUCUGGGGCCUUGAGCACUUCGGCGUCAAACAAGAACAGGUGGCGAAACUCGCGAGCGUCAAACAAGAACAGGUGGCGAAACUCGCGAGUAAACAUUUUGCCUGUGGUUCUUCAUUCCAGAAGGGGCAGCCUGGCCAGAUGCCAUUUGUUGAAAUUCAAGGCGACGUUGAGGAGACUGUAGCUGCUUUCCUUCAGAAGAAUUUCGACAUACCAGAGGACAAAAUAGUAUUUCUUGCUGAGAAGUGA